AUGGCCGGGAGACUGGACUUGGAGGCGCGACUGCGCGCUCUACGCGCCAACAAGCGCCCGUCAACGUCGGUUCCCGCUCCCUCUUCUGCCCCUGUCUCUUCCCGUUCAGCUACUGACUCGUUUUCGUCCUCCGCAAGUGGAUUUCGCUCCAUUCCGACCAAACUUCCCACCCCAGUAAAGUGUAACCAAGAUGAGUACGGACCUAUUCGCUGCUAUUCUUCCGUACCCUCCAAUGAUGGGUACCUGCUGUUUCCGCGUACCCCUAGCUCGUUGGAUAACAUGCCGGAUUUUACGCAGUCGGGGGCACGUCAAGGAGCUCUGGAACUGGUUAAAGUACCGGAUAAAGGGCUGCAGGAUGGAGCGACUGAGUUAGUCGGUCCGGAGUACGAAGAAGCGGUGAAAGUGGCUCAAUAUGCUAUGGACAAGGAGCGCAGACAGAUGCCACAUGCAGCAAUUGACGCUUAUAUUCGAGCGGGACAGAUCCUCAUUGAGCUGGGCAGACGACAGGCCGUGCCGUAUCUACAGACGGUAGUGAAAGCUAAAGCUCUGGAUCUCUUGCAACGUGCUGAAGCGCUGUCCGAGUGGACGAACGAUGUCUUGGCAAAGGAUUCGAGUCAAGAAGCGCUGGCAGCAGCGUAUCAGCAGUCACAGCGGAAUCGCACCAGGUCGCUUUCCGAAAAGCAGAAACUCGUGUCAAAAAUGCAGGAGAGUAACCUCAAGAUGAAGAAGAAGCUGAACCAGUUGGCACUGCUGACAAAAGUCCGGUGUCGUAUGAUUGAAGCCGUGAAGGCGCGACGGGCACGUAAAGCAGCGGAGACUAAAGCGAGACAGGAAGCGGACAGAAAUGCGCGCGUGUCUCGGGAUAUGAGGAAGAGGUGUGGAGGAUGGAGUGACGUGACGGAAGAGAGUGGGAGCUACUCGUACGAUGAUGGGGAAGACAGCCAUAUCGAAUUCAGCAACAUCACGGGGUCGAGCUCUGAAGAAGAGGACGAGAUGAGGAAAAGUUACGAGUGUCACAACAAUGCGCAGACUUCCGGCAGCUCGCCACGGGAAGUGCAAAAGAUUGGGCUUAUCAACGAGUUACAUGAGCGUAUUGGGCUCCCGCAGAUUGACCAUUUCCGCAAGUUUGAGCCUCUGACAAGCGACUUAACAACGUACAAAAAACAGGCCCAACUACAGGCUGAAUUGGAAGCAGCCAAGCAAGAAUCAAUCAAGCUGCAAGCUGCGGUGGAGGAAAUGGAAAAGAGUCUACGGCUUGCCGAGGAGCGUUCAAAGCAGCUGUCGAUGAGAUUGGAGGAGCAGAAAGCACGAGAGUUUGCAGGGGCACAGAGCCAACUUGAGCGUCUGCGGGAAGAACUUGAGAUGGAGCGGCAGCGGUCUCCUUCUUUUCACAGCGGACUGCCAAGUCAGGAUACGUCCAAGGUUACAAACCCUGGCAGCAGCAAAAGUAUCAAAGACUCUAGAGCGAUGAGCCAACUUCGGUCAUCGCUUUACAAGGUCUUCUACGGACACGCAGAGCAACACUGUCGCGCCAAGAAUGGGUCUACUCGACACGCAUCGAUACAUCAUACUUCGUAUGUGAAUGCCGAGGACUCUUUGCAUCAUACACCAACGAGCUCGGAGCACAGUUCUCUGGAACAGUCUUUCGAGAUGGACGAGGAGGAACUCGAAGAAGACGAGGAUGGCGGCAUUUGGCUCUAA